AUGUCAAAUUGUGCUGAACUUCAAUAUUUCUACGCUCAAGAACCAUAUAUCAUCGAUAGUCGAAUUCCGAAACAGCAGUCUGCCAACAAACUUGUCAACGGAUAUCGUUCCACGGCCGCACACUAUCUCAAUCGAACAAAAAGCUUUCAUCUACCAACAGCAAAUCAUAACAAUAAUAAUAUCCAAGUAUGUUUAUCAGGCAAUCAUACACUACCAAAUAAUCUCUUGCAUUCGAUACCAAACAAAAUGGAUAAUGUAAAUGUUCCAACAAAUAUAAACAUACAUUCAAAUAACAUUUCGAUGUUCGCCCAUCAAACAAAUUCCUCUAUGCUACCUUCGAAUAAUAAUAAUAAUAAUUCAAUCGAUAGUAGUAAAUCUCAAGGUAUUGUAAGUACAUUGCGUCGAUCGCUACGAAAAAAUAAAGAACGAUUUUAUAAUAAACGAUCAACGGCAAUGAAAUCGUGUCAUUCAUUAAAUACUUAUGAACAAACAAUGGCUGAUCAUCAAGAUAUUCACCUAAAACCUUCAAUGACACCAAUUCUACUCUGUCGCCAUCAAUCUUCAAUACCUACGAUUGAAACAUGUUCGAUGAGAAAUAUUAUUGUAGGCAAUGGCGAUGAUGACGAAAUGCUAUCGAGCGAAGUAACAGUCAUGUCUACAGCUUUAUCGUGCAUGUAUUACGAUAAAUUAAAAUCUCCAUUACAACCUUUAACCAUGAAUGGACGCGAGCAGCGAAAUCGUAUAUUGGCUAAUGGAUCUAUUGCUCAACAUCAGCUAUCGUCUAUUUUACCGCCGGCCACAUCGCUUCAAUCGCUAUCGCCUAUGAACACGUCAAUGAAUUCGCCAGGAAAUAUUCUAUCGUCAGCAAGCAAUGUAGAACAACAAACAAUGACGAACUUAGAUUAUGACGAAAGAGAAAAAUUAAAAAAUGAUUUGCAACAAAUGAAAAUUGAAUUACAAAAAUCAAAAGAAACUAUAGCACGAUUACAAAAAAGCGAAGAACAAAUGCGUGAAAGACUAGCCGAACAAGCUCAGCGUCAAUUAGAAAAAGGUGGGAAAUUUGAAGAUUUAAAUCAAAUAUCUCGUCCGACGGAAUUAAUUCGUUCCUAUAAUACACUUUAUUCACAAGCUCGUAUUGAUGCACUUGACGCAUUAGAAAAUAUUCGUGAAAUGUCCGAUGCUGAAGAUCUUAAAUCGAAAUUACUUUUUUCUGUUGUUGUUCUUGCUUUUCGUCACGCACAAAUUCAAGCAAAAGAUAUCCGAAAUAAAAUUAAACAAAUUCUUCAAUUAUCAAACGAUAAAAGUUCAAUAACAAUCGAAGAAACUAUAGAGAAAUAUCUUAGAAGUACAAUAUUAAAAUAUGAUGUUGGCAAAGUUGCAGUGGAAGUAGAAAAUCAAUUGUGGGCCACAUUAUAUGAUUAUCCAGCAUUGAAAAAUUGUCAUGAAUUACUUAAAUAUAUUAAUUCAGCUUGCCGAACAGCCUGGGGACUUGUCAAUCAAACUCCAUCGUAUUAUAUUGAAUUUCAGCCAAUAAAAUUCGAUAGACUCAUUCAUGAACGUUUUCAUACAUCCAACAAUGACAGUGACACAAUUAAUGAAUAUAUAUGGCCUUGUUUAAUCGAUGGACGUGAUCGAACGUGUGUAGCAAAAGGUGUUGUUAUCACUGAUGAACAUUAUUUAUCAAUGUCAAAACAUCUAUCAUCUUAG